AUGUUGUUUUCUGCGGUGAUCAAAGCGCUUAUCAUGGUCCUGGUUGGCAUCGAGACACUAGCGGUGGCCUUGGUAUCAUCUGCCUAUUCGGGUGGCAUUUUUGAAAUCCUGGUGAACCUCCAAGUCAGCGAGGAAGUCGGCCUUCUUGGGUAUUUCGCUCUACGUCAUUGGAUUCGCUAUCGGCCCUUUGUUCUGGGCUCCCUUGACCUCACUGCUGGAAGCGCUGGGUUGCAGAACAUUUGGACACUGAUUAUUCUGUGGUUCUUCGCUGGGUGUCUCGGUUCUGCGCUUUUCGCAGUGUCUGGUGGUAUUAUCGCCGACGCAUUUCCUGCCAUCAGUCGUGGCCUUGCUAGUGGGUUGUACUGCGCUGGUCUGUUCCUCAGGCCGACCUUGGGUCCCAUUAUUGGUAGCUUCUUAUCGAAAAAUGCCGGUUGGUGA